GGAGAAUAGUAGCGAACUGACAUCAAGUAUCUCAUCUCCAAUUGAAGAAUCAUUAAGACUUAUGACUUUCCUCGGCAUAUCCAAGUUUUCGGAGAUCGGAGUUCGGUAUAAGCAAUUUUGAUUGUGUCAGUCAUCCGGCGUGAUUCAUUAGUUGCACUAUACAUAUAUAUAUAUCUUUACCUCAAAAGUGGUUGCCUGCCAACGAUUUUCAUGUGCUUGGGUGAACAUCAAAAUCACCAUCAUUCUUCUUCCACAACUUCUGCGCAUCCGAUAAUCCAACCAUUAAAACCCAAAAUCCAACAUCCAAAAUGUCCUCUCCACCCUUCAUUCUGCGUCCAGCAACCCUAUUCGAUAUCCCACAAAUGACACACAUCGUCAUCGCAGCCUAUGCAUCCAGUCCCGUAAGCGACUUUUUAAACCCCCUCGCGAAACGAUAUCCGCGAGAUCUGCAGAUAUCCACGGGACAAGCCGUCACCAGAUCCUAUCUGAAUCCUCGCACUCUGACUUUGGUUGUCUGUUCCCCGGAGUCACCUGAUGUGCUUGUGGCUUACGGCAUGUAUAAUCGUAAAGGUCUGGAUUCGGGGGCGGCGAAAUUUGUGCAUGAGAGGAGCCGCGUCGAAAGAUUGGGGAGAUGGUUAUUGAAUUCCUUCUUGGCGGUUUUGUUCACGUUCUAUAAUUACCUCCGGCCAGACCGUGCGACAUCGAAACCCAACAAUGCCGUUUUCAGCCACUCCAUAAAGAUGGAUCAGGAGCGUUAUUGGUCUCCGGAAACUUUUCCAAGAAGGCAAAAUCGCUGGCAUGUAAAUACUAUUGUUGUACUCCCUGAGUAUCAAGGGAAGGGCAUUGGAAGAUUGUUGAUGGAGUAUAUUUUGGAGAGAGCGAAGAAAGAGGAGGUUCCUUCGGGAUUGACGGCCAGCAUUGAAGGAGAGAGAUUGUAUAGAAAUUUGGGGUUCAAAUGGUUAGGAGACUUCUAUACGAGAAUUGGGAGGGAGCAUGGAGAUGGAGGCGGGCAUAUGAUUUGGUGGCCGGAGGGUGUUGACAAAGAUGGAGACUACUGAGCCAGUGCUAUUUCAUAAUCGAACGCUAUGAUUGUAUAGAUGGGAAACCAUAUUGAGAUUAUAAAGCCAUCGUAUUCAAUCAUACUCAUCAUUGAAAGUAGAUUAUCCAAAAUCAGAUUUA